AUGGCAGUAACAAACUUUAGUUAUAUGAAUAAUCUAUUACAUGAUGCAGAAUCAAGUAUGGAGCAACUACGAGUUCCUGAGCUUAAAGUAGUAGCAAAAGCUAUCGGAUUAACAGUCAGUGGUCGUAAAGCUGAUAUCCAAGACAGGAUAAGGGCUUUUUUAGGAAAUUCACUAAAAACUAAUCCAAUGGAUAGUUUAAGGCCCAAAGUUGUGAAACUUAUGGUUUUAAAAGCAAGACAAGGUGUUGCAAGUUUACCUUCGUAUGCCAGGUUAUAUACAGAAAUACAAUAUGGAAGAGACCCAAAUAGAAUAAUACAAUUACCAGCAGCAGUAUCUAGGCCGAGUUCGUCAAAUGUACCGGUUGCAGCUUCUCCAACUACGUCUGAUUCAUAUUUACCCGCUGGUGAACAAGUUUCAAGAGUAUUUAAUCCUUUACAAAUGUCGUUCAAACAGAGCCCGUUUUUCAAGCUAAAAAGAUUACUUAAUGUUACCCCAAAAUUGGCCCCCAAAAACUAUCACAGCAGAAGUGUAUGUUCUAUAAACUUUACAUUGAAUCAAGAAGAAUUGCAGUUGUUACGGCAACCAGACGGAAAAGCGAGUGAGAAAUAUAGACUUUAUUUAUUUAGUGGUGUACUUGGGUUAAAUAAAACAGACUGCGAUAUUCAGUUUCCAUUUCCUGUAGAAAUUAGAGUUAACACCAAUCUAAUAAAGGACAAUCUUAGGGGUAUCAAAAACAAUCCUGGAACUGUAAAGCCGGCUGAUUUAAGCGCUUUUUUAAAUUUAUCGACAUCUAAUAAUAAUGUUUUGAAUAUAAUAUAUGCAUGUACUUCCGUUGAUUAUGUUUUUUAUAUGUACAUUGUAGAAUUGGCAAAUUCUGAAGAUAUGGUGAAAGCGGUGGAAAAGCAUCCAAAAAUUGUUAAAAAUGCAACCCUACAAUUAAUGAAUAAAAUGUUGAAAGAAGACGAUGACGAUUUGAUAACAACAAGCAUGAUUUUAUCGUUGCAGUGCCCCAUUUCUUAUUGUAAAAUGAAAUACCCGGCUAGAUCGAUUUAUUGUAAACAUUUACAAUGUUUCGAUGCACUGUGGUUUAUUGAAUCUCAAAGACAAGUACCUAGUUGGCAAUGUCCAGUUUGUCAACUAAAAAUUAGUAUGAAAGACUUGGCUAUCUGUGAAUUUAUGUCUGAUAUUAUACAAAAUACUAAUGAUAAUGUUGAGCAAGUGGAAAUAGAAUUAGAUGGCACUUGGAAAGUGAUUAAAGAGGAGAAGGACAGAGAUGAAGAUUUAAGUGAUGGAGAAACUAAAAAAGUGUUUGGUUCUACUGCAACUUCUAACAAGCUUUCAAGUCCCGAGCCUGUAGUUAUCUCUUUGGAUAGUGACGAUGAGGAUGUAUCCAUGGGCGCAACUAGAUCUGGAAUAACGACAGAAGCGGAGGCAGCACCGGAAGAUCAGACCGAUAGUAAUGUUUAUAAUAACCGUGAUAGUGCAAAUAAUAAAAACAAUGCUGAAGAAUAUAAUAAUAAUAAUACUAGUAGUAGUAGUAGUAAUAGUAAUAGUAAUAAUAAUAAUAAUAAUAAUAAUAAUAAUAAUAAUAAUAAUAAUCAUAGUAGUAGUAGUAGUAGUAAGAAUAAUAAUAAUAAUAGUAAUAAUAGUAAUGUAAGUCCUAAUAGUGGUAAUAUAUUAACUGCUAAUGAAAAUGCUAUAACUUCAACGCCUAGUAACAACGAAACUAGACUUAAUACCGUUAAUUCGCCGAGUAAUAAUAUAACUGGAAGUGCAACAUUUACAAAAAACAAUAUUCCAAAUAUUUUAGGAGAAACACCAUUAAAUACUGAUUCUGGUUAUGAUGAAUCUAAUACAGUUGCUAUUGGACAUAUGGAUAGCUCUCCAUCUCCAAAAAAAAAAAAAAACAGCAACAAAACCCUAUGA